CCGUUACUAUGAAAUGACGGUUUUACCCUCUAUUCUUUGCUUAAUUACGGUAUGUUGUUUGACCUAGGUAUAAAAGGUGUUGGGGUGAGAGACGCCAUCUUCGAAUCUUCUCUCUCUCCCUCUCUCUUCGUUCUUAGCUCAGGUCUGGGCAUUUGGAGAUUCUUGGGUGUGCGACUGAGUUGGGCGAGGAGAAGGAGGCUGAUUGUGGAGGAAAUGGGAGAGGAAUCACAGCGAAAGAGAGUGAUAAAAUUUCCUAGAGACUGAAGGGGUUGCUGAUAGGUUUUCGAUUCGACCAAGAGGAGGAGCAAGGGGACGAGGAGAAGGAGGGUGAUUGUGGGGGAAAUGGGAGAGGAAUUUGCAGCGAAAGAGAGUGGUAAAAUUUCCUAGACACUGAGGGGCGGGUGCGAAAAUUUCUGAUUGUGAAGUAAGCUAUUGGAUUUGAUUCUGCAUGUUGGAUCUCUGCAAUCUACUAAUUGAUUUGGGGUAGGAGAGGCAAAGUGAUUGUGGAGGAAAUGGAAGAAGAAUUGACCUGCAUCAUAAUUUUUUGUGGAUAGAGAUAUUCUUUGGAGGCUCUACAAAGAAUACGACUUUGGUUUUGUUAUUUGUCAAACAGAGAGGACAUGAAUCUUUCUUACUUGAAAGAAGGAGAAGGAAGAAGAGAGGAGCUUUUCUUUGCUUGAAAGAAACGAAGUGGAAGGUUUUUAUUAUACGCUUCUCAGUUUAUGUCAUUUAUACUUAACAGAACAAGAAGAAAGAAAGAAGGUGAGGGAAGUGGGGAUUUUGAAGAAGAAUCCCAAGAUCUUGGUGGAGCAGAUUCAUAAGUUGAAUAAGCAAAUAAUGGCAGCAAAAACUGGAAAGACAAAUAUUAUGAGACUUCUACGAGAUGAUAAUACAGAAGAUCAAGAUACUCAAAGACAGGCAGAGAGAAUUGAUAUGGACACACAUUUUCUCAGAUUAUAUCAAGAAAGCGGAAACAAGGUUGUCAAAGAAAAUCAAGAAGCAUCUCAGCCUAUGUUGAUCGAACAGAACCAAAGUUUGUGCAGCAGUGAUCAAAAUGUCAAUAUAUUUGGCUACCGUGACAGACAAAUUACAAAUGAUCAAGGAGAUUCUGCCAUGAUUGUAAAUGAGGCUCUGUUUCCUUAUCAAAAUUCAAAUAUUGACAAUACAACUUCGAUGGGUUGUCAAAGAAAAUCAAGAAGGUUGAAAGAAGCAUCUCAGCCUAUGUUGAUCGAACAGAACCGAAGUUUGUGCAGCAGUGAUCAAAAUGUCAAUAUAUUUGACUACCGUGACAGACAAAUUACAAAUGAUCAAGGACAUUCUGCCAUGAUUGUAAAUGAGGCUCUAUUUCCUCAUCAAAAUUCAAAUACCUGCGACUAUGAAUUCAAAUAUAAACUGAGGGUGAAGACCUGCGAGUCUGUCUAGACCGCAGCAUGCAAAUACCUCUUCCAUGGUCAAAUUCAAAUUUCUAAUAGGAAAGAACUUGGCUGACCA